UUAACAUUUUUCAUAAACAAAAGCAUACUCUACCUUGACUGUUUCUUGAGAUUGAGGGUAGUUCAAGAAGUUAUGGCAAUUCCACUCACAUUCAUUCUACUCUUAUUACUACUUCUUCUUCUUGUACCUUCUUUCAUUCAAUCUUCCCCACUUCAUCAAGAUCCUGAAUUAGUUGUCCAACAAGUACAAAAGAGUAUUAAUGAUUCAAGGAGAAACUUAGCAUUUCUUUCUUGUGGAAGUGGCAAUCCAAUAGAUGAUUGUUGGAGGUGUGACAAAAACUGGGAAAAGAAUCGAAAAAGUUUAGCAGAUUGUGCCAUUGGAUUUGGCAAACAUGCAAUUGGAGGAAGAGAUGGUAAAAUAUAUGUAGUAACUGACCCUGGUGAUCACCCUGUGAAACCGAAGCCAGGAACAUUACGAUACGGCGUUAUUCAAGAAGAACCGUUAUGGAUAAUCUUCAAACGCGACAUGGUGAUUAAGCUUAAGCAAGAGCUAAUGAUGAAUUCAUUCAAGACUAUUGAUGGUAGAGGAACAAAUGUGCACAUUGCUGGUGGACCUUGCAUAACUAUACAGUUUGUGACGAAUAUUAUAGUUCAUGGGAUUAAUGUGCAUGAUUGUAAACGAGGUGGGAAUGCUUAUGUGAGAGAUUCGCCUACACAUUAUGGUUUUCGAACACUUUCUGAUGGCGAUGGGAUUUCGAUUUUUGGUGGAAGUCAUAUUUGGGUUGAUCAUUGUUCGCUUUCGAAUUGUCGCGAUGGAUUGAUCGAUGUUAUUCAUGGAUCUACUGCUAUUACUAUUUCUAAUAAUUUUAUGACUCAUCAUAAUAAGGUGAUGCUUUUGGGUCAUAGUGAUAGUUUCACUAGAGAUAAGAACAUGCAAGUUACUAUUGCUUUUAACCAUUUUGGUGAAGGACUAGUUCAGAGAAUGCCAAGAUGUAGACAUGGAUAUUUUCAUGUGGUGAACAAUGAUUAUACACAAUGGAGAAUGUAUGCUAUAGGUGGAAGUGCUAAUCCAACUAUCAAUAGUCAAGGAAAUAGAUUUCUUGCUUCCAAUGACAAUACCUUCAAAGAGGUGACGAAGCGCGAGAAUGCAGGACAAAGCCAAUGGAAGAAUUGGAAUUGGAGAUCAAGUGGUGAUUUGAUGUUAAAUGGUGCUUUCUUUAGGGCAUCAGGAGCAGGUUCAUCAUCAAGCUAUGCAAGAGCAUCAAGUUUAGCAGCAAAACCAUCAUCUGUAGUUGCUUCUAUCACUGCAUCAGCUGGAACAUUAAACUGCAAAAAGGGUUCACGUUGCUGAAUUUAAAAAGCCUAUAAUAGUAUAUCACUUUAGAAAUAAAGGCAAGAAAUGUUCAUGAAUAUGAAUAUGCCAAUUUGUUGUAAAUUGAAGUUUAUAGACAUUUUGCUUUGUAACUACAACCUUAACUUGUGUCUGGAACAAUCCACUAAGGUUGAUAGACACAUGUGAUAGAGUUGAUAUAACUAUAUGUUGAUUUUUCUUUAUGAAUGAAAAGUGUUUGAUUUGAUCA